AUGAAAGCGAGAAUUAUUCGAAAAUGGAAUCAGGGUUACAAGAUGGAUCUCAUCUUCAUUGAUGAGAAGGGAGCUAAGAUUCAAGCAGGUAUUAAGAGUCAUCUGAUACCUAUUUUUGAUGGACAGCUUCAAGAAGAUGUUGUUGUGAUUCUGUUGAAAUUUGGUGUUGGUGAGAAUAAAGAUUUAUAUAAAGUAGUAGUGCAGCCUUAUAAAAUCAACUUUUAUAGAUGCACAACUGUUACUCAUGUGAGAGAUUGGCAAGGUGUUGAGUAUGGUUUCAAUUUCAGAGCUUAUGAAGAUAUUUUUCAAGGAGAGGCGUUAAACGCUUUGAGUGCUGCUGUUGUUGGAUCUGUGAUUUGUUGUGGAGAUCUUGAAAUCUUUGAUCGACCUCCAAAGGAGACUAAGAAGAUGAAUUUCGAUAUUGAAGACUUGGAGGGUAAGGUUUUGCGGUGUACUGUGUGGAAUGAUUAUGCUCUGCAGAUUAAGGACUUUAUUUCUAAAACCCCACCUCAUGAGCAUGUGAUGGCUGUUAUACAGCAUGGAAAGUGUAAGGAAUGGAAAGGUGAAUAUACUGUUCAAAGUGAUAAGUUUGCAACACGAAUUUUUCUGAAUGAAGGAAUUGGUGAAGUUAAUGAGCUAAGGAGGAGGCUUAUACUGAAGUUUGGACAAGGGAGUGGUUCUACUUCUCAAACAAUACUAUCGUCUCAGAGUGUUUUUCCAUUGCAUAAAGAAUUUGUAACUGAUGGUGUGAAGAAACAUGUUGAUGGGAUUACUGAGAUAGAAAAGGUUUCACAUCUUUUUAUAUAG